CUCUGCUUCGGACGUUAGAUUCUCGUCGUUGUGAGGUUUGCACUUGCACUUGCACACAUUCGAGGUAGGAUCGCGUGACCUUUGGCCUGCGCGUGGAUGUUCUUUUCAUCUCUAUAUCUUGUCACACCUUUCAUCUCUCUUCAUCUCUUCUCUGUCCGAUUGCAUUUCUUCUGCCUGUUCUAUAUCACAUCUCAUACCAUAACGUCACGCUUUCCCCCGAAACGGCUACAGCAACUCGUAGGUCUUCCAUCUCCUAGCUCUCAUCUUUCCAACCAUGACUUCCACAUCACUCCCGCUCUUCACUCUCUCUUCUCGACCAUACCAGUCUCGCAAUAUUCGCGUGUCAGCUCGAGUAGCCUCCGCAUCCCCAACACUCACUUCAGCACCCACAUCAGUAGACGCAGCUCUCAGUCAAGUGUAAAAGCGGGAAACAAGCUACAACCUUGGCAACUCCUACAAGCCGCAAACCUCUACAAACAAGUUUCAUGAAAGAGCACGCUAGGCGUAUACUACCAGAAGUUCUAGCACAAAACUCCUGUACUGAUCUUACAUGUGGAAGUUAAGCUGUUACAAAACUCCACCGCACCUUGAUUUCUAUUUGACAGGGAAGCGGCAGGCACUUCUGAUCCAGACACGCACUCAAGCUACUGUAAACCCGUCUAGCUACCGCAAAACAUUAAAUAUAGUAAACACGCAGACCCUGUGUCAGUUUAUCUCAAGUAUCGCUAUCUAGAUGUAGUAACCCGGUCAUCAACCGUCCUAUAUAGC